AUGGAGCACUAUGAGAAAAUAGGACCCAUUGGUGAAGGUACAUAUGGAAUGGUCAUGAAAUGCCGACAUAAAGAAACUGGCCAAGUUGUUGCAAUCAAAAAGUUUAAAGAAAGCGAGGAUGACUUGCAGAUUCGGAAAACAGCAUUGAGAGAAGUUCGCAUGCUCAAGCAAUGGAAAUUAUAUCUGGUUUUUGAACAUGUAGAUCACACGAUUCUUGAAGAUCUAGAUCGGCAUCCAAAUGGCCUCUCGGAUGAUCGUAAUCAUGGAACUGUUCGAAAAUGCAUGUGGCAGCUACUUAAAGCAAUGGAUUUUUUACAUUCACACAAUGUUAUUCACAGAGAUAUCAAACCAGAGAACAUUCUAGUGUCGAUUAAUGGAGUGGUCAAACUUUCUGGACCCGGAGCCAAAUAUACUGAUUAUGUGGCGACGCGAUGGUAUCGAGCACCAGAACUCUUAGUAGGUGAUACAGAGUAUGGCAAAGCCGUGGAUAUCUGGGCAACCGGGUGCAUUUUUGCAGAGAUUUUGACUGGACAACCGUUGUAUCCUGGUGACACUGAUAUUGAUCAACUCUAUCGAAUCAUGAAAUGCCUUGGCAAGUAA